CUCUGGUUUUUUCCCGCCAGUUUUUGUAAUGGCGGCUAUCUGUUAUCAAAAUAUUUUUAAGUUUAUAUGAUUAAAAUCAUUUAAGUAACCGGUAUUCGUAUUGAUAGUUAUACAAUUUAAAUUUUAUCUAAAGCAGUGAAAUUGUUUCAACAACUUUUGGCUACGAUUUAUAAUCUACGCUAAUAUAUGCACAACAAUGGAGUUUCAAAUUGCCCUACCAGGUUCAUAUGAGGUAGCAUAUGAAUGCAGCAUUUGUAAAAAAGGGUUCAACAAUCUGUCAGCACUUGAGAAUCAUCAGCGUUUUACCCAUUGUGAUAAAGAAGAGACUGAUAAUAACAAUUCUACAAAUGAGGCAAUGAGGGACCUAUCAGUAUUUCAUCUAAUUCAAUUAAAGAAAAAGCAUGACUUCCCAGAUUUCAAUGUAUAUUUUUUAGAUCAAAAUAGACCAGGCUUUGAUGUAAAAAAAAUAUAUCUUGUUGUUCAAGGAGAUGAUAAAAAAACAACGACAAUGAAUUUAGAAGAAUUUAUUCAAAAAGGAACAAUCCUGUCUAAAGCACCAGUUUCUAACAUAAGUGGUCCCUUUAAGUGCACAUGGAUGUCUAUAAAUCACGGAAUGGAAUGUGGCGAGAUUUUUUUAAAUUGUUGCGAAUAUUCUAUUCACCACCGUGACAAGCAUACUAAACGUAGAAAGACCACUGGGGCCUUACGUUGUCAAGUCUGUGAAAAGCUUUUAGAAAGCCCCAAUGGACAGAGUCCGGCCGUAGAAUUCCCAUGCCACUUGUGCGGUCAGGUCUUUAUGAAUGCAUUGCAAUUGGAGGUCCACACUAAAGGUUAUCACACGAAAGUGAAGCCAUUUAAAUGCUCUAUUUGCGAGAAGCGAUUCACUCAAUCAGGUGGGCUGCAGCAACACAUGCGCAUGCACACUGGGGCACGACCAUACAAAUGUAACUUCUGUAACAAAGGUUUCACCCAGAAAGGUGGGCUCGAUCAACACCUUCGUACGCAUACAAAGGUUAAACCCUUCAAGUGCAUUAUAUGCAAUAAAAGCUUCUCCCAGUCAGUACACGUACGACAGCAUAUGCGGACUCAUACAAACAUCCAGCCUUUCAAAUGCAACGUAUGUGAAAAGCGCUUUAAACAAAUAAGCCACCUUAAUUUUCAUAUGCGUUCCCAUGUAAUGAAUAGUAUGUCGGACCCAGGGGAUUUGUUAAAUUCGAUAGAGCCUAUUCAAAGUGAUGCCAUGUACUACUCGGGACGGCUCUCGCCUAGUAUGUUUAUUAAUACAGAACCUAAUUAAUAAAUACAAUUUAAGCUAACAUAGAUCAAUAGUUAUAAAUGUAAAUUGAAAAAAAAAAAUGUUUUAAAAUUAAUUUUUUGCGUGCAAAAGUUAAGAAAAUUAAAAUUUUCUGUAUUUUUUUAAAUUAUUUUAUUUUAGCAAUUUAAUGUUAGUCUAUUAAAAGUAUAUAUAUAUAUCUAAGUAAAUAGUUGACAAACUGCCUGUUAUAGUUUUUGUAAUAUAAGACUGAUCUAUUACCUCUUACGAUACAUACAUAUUUUUUAAAGUUUAAGUAUGCAAUCUUAUACCUGUUGAUUAAAUUUAGUGUUUUUGAUGGUAAUAAACUAUUAGUUUAAAAAUGUUAGUACUAUUUAAUUUAUUUACGUUUAUUUUAGUUAUAAUAGAAAAAUAUUGUUAUUCGAUAACAUAUUAAUUCUUGUCGCAAUACUGUUGUGAUUGAACUAUAGUUUAAAAAUGCGUUUUACUCAAACUCAAGUAGGUGCUUAGUUGAAUUUGUGUUGCUGUUCAUAUUAUUAUGUAAUAAAGUUAAUUUUUAUUAUUUGCUAUUUAAAACACUAUCAAUUAUCAAUUAAACCUUCGGUUUUGUGUUUCUUGUCUUUAAUUCUAUUGUUUUGUGACAUUAGCAGCCGUUUUUUUUAAUGAUCACAAGUACAAGUAUAAAUUUAGAGAACGAUGCCACUCAGCUACUUGUUUUAAAUCCUGAUAAGUUAACGACUGAUUUUAAGAAACAUUACCUCCACUUCUACGGACUUCCAAUUAGAUAGAGAGAUAUAUUGUUAUGGUUAAAUCUUUAAAAAAUGCCGAAUCAGAGACUUCUUUGAAUCUCAUCUUUACCUUGCAUGGAAUCUAAAUGUCUAAAUGAUCAGUAAACUUUUUGAACAUUAAAAUUAAUUGUUAUUUUCUAUAGAUACAUAAUGUUAUAAUCUACCAUUAGAAAUUCUUUAAUAAGGACCCUGAGUAGGGUUGUAAGACUGAUUUUUGUCACGUUUAGUAUCGUUGUUAACCUAUGAAAUAUCUUUAGAACCUGUUGGUAUUAUUAGAUUAUAAGAAUAAAAAUUGUUAUAUUAUUUACCACAAUCGAACUAUGCACUAUUUUGAUUCUAAUAUAGUAAAAGUGAUGUAAAUACUUCUUAAAUGUUUGUGCAGUUGUGUGAGUUUUAGUUUGGCCCCUUUAUUAAAUUCAAUAAAUGUGAUUUCUAGUGUUCUUUUCAGAAACAAUAAAGCCAUAAAAUAAUUAGUGUUUUAUUUAAGUAAUUCCAGGACUCUCGAAUAACUCUUUCGCUCUAACCGAAAUUUCCUUUAAAU